AUGGCGCACCCAACAGCAAGCACAAAGAAUUCUGAUGGUGAUGAAUUGAUUACACUGUCAGAGAAAGGAGCUUAUGGUUUUACUAACUCAUUCAAUCCGGAAUUUAAAAUGCCGGACUACUUCAGAGUCUUCCGUUGGUUAUUCGCAAAAAAUAAUACCGGUUUACCAGCGAACAUUGAAGAAUUAGAUGAAACAUUACCAGUGAUAAAACAUAAACCAGAAGACAUACGAAAACAAUCGCCCGGUCUACGAUUUCUCUGGAUUGGUCAUGCAUCAUGUCUUGUGCAAAUAGAUGACUUCAUGUUUCUCACCGAUCCUGUCUUCAGUGACCGAUGUGGUAUCACACAAUACAUGGGACCAAAACGUUAUCGUCCACCAGCACUCGCAGUUAAAGAUUUGCCUGAUGAACUUGAAGCAAUCGUUAUUUCACAUAAUCAUUUUGAUCAUCUUGAUUAUGAAAGUGUUCGACAGUUAAAUGAACGUUAUGGAGAAAAAUUAACAUGGUUUUGUGGUCUUGGCGGACGACAAUGGUUUCUUGAUUGUUCUAUAAAGAACGUUGUUGAACUCGAUUGGUGGCAAGAAUGGACACAUCCGACUAAAGAGAAAGUUCAAAUCGCCUUUUGUCCCGCACAACAUUGGUCACGUCGUGCUUUGACUGACUUAAAUCAAUCUCUAUGGGGUGGUUACGCCAUAUGGAAUGAAAAGUAUCGCUUUUAUUUUGCUGGCGACACUGGCUAUACUCAUAACAUUCCAAUAUUCAGACAGAUUGGAAAAAAGUAUGGUCCAUUUGACUUGAGUGCAAUACCAAUCGGUGCAUACGAACCUCGCUGGAUGAUGGAAGCACAACAUGUCUCACCCCAUGAAGCGGUACAAAUCCACAUUGAUACUCAAUCGAAGAAGUCGAUUGGUAUACAUUGGGGAACAUGGGCAUUAGCAAAUGAGUUUUAUUUAGAACCGAGAGAGCAACUUAAAGAAGCUGUUAAAUCCUGUGGAUUAGAUCCCGAAUCGUUUACUGUUGUUAAACAUGGAGAAAUUUUCGAUUUACCUAAAAAUGAAUAA